GUGGCACCAUCGCCAACUGGCUCAGAAUCGAUGCAAGGAGCAGGAUCUGCGUACGAUACAGUCGAUGAGAAGAUGGAUGUGGAUUCCAUGAAAAAAAGCCAAAAACCACCGGGGCUAGUGGAACGUGUCGUUGCUUUCCGUGACAGUGGCGUUGGCUUUGAUGUGGAAUUUGUUGUC